AUGAUUCAAUGGAAAUGCACCUUUAUUAUAAUGAGUCUCGUGAGUCGUUCUUUAUCGGAUGAUAUAUGGCGUCAGAUCGUGAAACAUCCAGCAUGGCUAAAACUUGAAUCAUAUGAAUGUGGGUUUAGUGCUGCUGAUCGAAUAAUUGGAGGCAUGAAUGCUGCACUUGGUCAAUUUCCCUGGAUCUUACGCCUUGGAUAUGCCAUACCAGAUGAGGAAGAACUGGACUGGAUGUGCGGAGGAGUGCUCGUAACUGAUCAGCACGUGGUCACCGCGGCGCACUGUAUACAAACGGCUGAAGAUGGAUACCAACUAGUUGCUGUCCGCGCGGGCGAGUACGAUACGCGCUCGAACCCGGACUGCCAGCUUGAGGUGUGUGCGCCGCCUUAUCAAGAUAGAAGAAUUAAAAAUAUCUUCAGCCAUCCCAACUUUAACAAACCACUAUUUCACAAUGACAUAGCCGUCAUAAAGCUUGAUACACCACUUCAGUUGAAUGAUUACGUAGCCCCAAUCUGUAUGCCACAACGCGACCAACUAUUCAAUCUUCAAGUGGGUGAGUUAGUCACAGUAGCGGGCUGGGGCAAAAUGAACAUGUCAACUGAUGAGCGAGCUAAUAUCUUGCAGUUUGUUUCGUUACCAGUAGUAAAGCCUGAGCUAUGCAAUUUUUUUGGAAGAGGAUUUAAAAUAGCAAAGUCGGAAAUUUGUGCAGGUGCACAGCACAAUAAAGAUGCAUGCGGGGGGGACUCCGGCGGUCCCCUCAUGAAGAUCUACGACACUCCGGAAGGGCCGAAGAGUUUCCUCGUAGGUAUCGUUUCCUUCGGUCCAACAGUGUGUGGUAUUAAAAGACCCGGCGUUUACACAUCCGUUUUAUAUUUUCUUAAGUGGAUAUUAGAUUAUAUUGGAUAA